GUGAACGUCAACCACAAGCUAUCAGAGUGCUGUGCUGACGAAUAGCCUCGACAACACCCAACAAAACAAACAAUGCCCUGGAUCUCGAAAGCAACGACGGGCCUCGGCCUGCUGUUCCUCGCACACGCUUGCUACUCAGCCCAAGAGCACUCCGCAUUACAGUCCACCACCAACGCACUCCACGAUGUGCCCUCCUCCGCCAGCCUCCCCACAGACAUCGUCCUCGAAACCAUCAUCUCCUUAUUCACCACCAUCCUGGGCCUGGUGCUAGGCACAGCUGAGCUGCGUCCGAUACGCUGGCGCGUGUGGGCCGGCAAGAUUGAGCGCGAGGGCGAGAAGGGGUUCCUGGGCGCGGAUGGACUGGUCGCGAAGGACUAUGUUGGGAAUCCGUAUAAGGCGCUGGAGAGCAGACCGGGGUUUGUGGAUAUUAGGAAGCAGAAGAAGGAGUUUGCGGAGUGGGUGAGGGAGGGGGGGAGUGCGGAGGUGCGCUGAAGGGGGGGCGAGGGUGUAUAAUAUGGGUUAUGGAUGGGG